UAGCUAGGCAAGAGCUCAACGAAUGUUUCAGUGCUGUCGUUGCGUGCAGUAAAAGUAAAGCAAGCCUGACUAGUCAGUUGUUGUAGGAAGGGUCGCCUCAGCGCUCUGAGGGUUAUGUCGUGUGUGUGGCCUAGGCUCCCCGGACGAACGAAUGAACAAACGAACAAGCGGGUUGGGCCCCCAAGCUCCAAACGCUUACUUGAUAGUGUAGCUGGCCUGGCCACGCCGUUGUUAUGGCGGUGUAGCUAGCAGGGAGGAACGUUGGCGGAUUGCCUGCUGCCCGAGUGUUUUGUUCGUCUGCGUAUGACGACCUGUCGUAGUGCCACGGGGGGAAAGGGAGACGGGGUGAGGGAGGAGGAGGUGAGUGAGGCUUCUUCGUCUCUCUCCUCUAUACGCUGCUGUCUUGCUGCUAGCUUGCCCGACGGCUUGCAUUACUAGCAGCAUUAAUGUGUGUGUGUUGUUGUUGCUCCUCUCCUUUCUGAAUCCUGAAUGGUUUUCUUCUUCUUCGCCUCUUGGGGUUAGCAGGCGGUCGAGCUCGCCCUUGAAUGCGUCAAUUCAUCACGCACUCGGCUUUCCUUCAGCCACACCGAGAGAGGAUUGACUGGGGAGGAGAGAGCGAGAGAGAGAGAGCCGUGACUGACUCGAUCUCUCGCUAGGCAAAAGCGGUCUCGAUAACCUUGUGUAGCAAGCAGGCAAGCCCGCGAGGCCUACGCGUUCUUUUUUCUUCUCUCGCUCUCACGUUGAUAACGAAUGGUGUGCUGCUGCUGGUCGUGGUGGUGGUGGUGGAGUGGCUAGCUGUGUUGUUGGCCUAGUUGUGAACUGCGCUCAGCGUGUGCGUCGGUUGGCUGAGUGGGAGAGGUCGUCUGCAUACUCGAUUCUUUCGCUUCUCUGCGGGGAACUCGUGGUGGGUCUUUGCUGUCGACCUGGUGUAAAAGCGUCGCCAUCUUGUUUCUCUUCGUUGUUCUCCAGAAGGUGGUGAAGGAAAGAAACUCUGAGAAGAGCGUGGACAAAGGCAUGCGGAUCUGAAUCUGAAUCUGAGUGAAGACAGACUCGCCCGCCAUCUUGUUUGUCACCCCAUUCUAUUGGUGAACGUAUUGGAGGAAGGCAGUCACACUCGAAUUUACGAAAGACGUUGACAAACCGAGUCACUUUGCUGCUUUCUCGGGGAAUCGAAGCUGCCUUCUCCAUCUUUGUUCAGCCGGCUUUGCUGAUGGACGAGUUGGAAAGAUGACAGCUUGACCCUGAGAAAGAGAAAGACGAGAACCAUCAUACACUUACGAACCUCGUUGAUCUGCAACUGGAUGACGUCUCCUGAACUACGUUCCUGUUUAUUCAGGGAAUGAACACAGAGACAUCUGCAGAAUGGACUCAAAACAGAACCCAACGUCACUGUCAGCGUCCAAGUCAACGACAAACGGCCAGGCAGAAGAUGCUACAUCUAUCGCCACAUCUGACAGAUUAGCUGAUGACAUCAUCAUCAACAGUGCCGCUCUGGAAAAUGUGGAUGUUUUGAGUAAAAGUAAACCUGACUCUGCUGUGAUUGAUGACUCUGAUGACAAAAAGUUAGAUCCUGAUCCUAUACAUUCCAUGGAUGUUCAAAAUUCCAAGAAUGAUGCAGAAAAAGUAAACACAGAGGAAGAAAAAGCAGUUGUUGAUGAUGUUAAUUCUGCGUUGUGCAAUAAUUCUUCUGUUGUAAAUAAUAGUAGAAGUAAUGAGGAGAAAAAUGUUGAACAAACCUCUGCUGUGAAGAUGUCUGAUACUGAUUCAGAUGUUUCAUUAACCAGAAGAGGAGAGGAGCAAAUGGAGGGACUGAAGAUUGAUAAUGUAAAUGCUGUAAGUGAAAGUACUUUUGUUAAAGAUGUUCAUGAUGGAAAAGAAAGUGUGAAAAAGGACGUUGAGAAGGAGAGCUCAAGUAGUGGCUGUUUUUCCAUGAGUAGUGAAUCAAAAUCCGAGGAUGCGGAUGUGAAUACAAAACAAGGCAAUGAAAAUUCAAAGACACCUGUAGAUUCUGUUCUUAGUACUGAGGGGGAUAGAUUAAAUUGUUCCGAGAUGAAGAACUCUGAGAGUAGUCAGAAUUGCAAUGGUGAAGUAACAGGACCAGCCUCAAAGGAUAGUGCAAGCAAUGAAAAUUGUAACAACGAAGAUUCAAAGCUGACUGGAGAUGGAGCUCAAAGCAUUGUUCAGACUUUGGACAGCUCGGAGUUACCCAGCAAAGACAACACAAAAAGUCAUCAUGUAAAGCCUGAGGCGACCAGUGAGAAAUCUUCAAGCAGUUCUGCAGUGACUCAGUCUGAAGCAACAGGUUCAGCAGACAGUGGUCUGCCAGAUGCUCAGAUGUCAAGUAGUCAAGAAGCAACUCAGGCGGUCAUUAGUAGCGACCAAGGAACGAGCGAACCUACAGCUCAGCCACCUGUGCAUGGUCAGGUGAAUCAACCUCAGAACUGCUCCGCUUCCACAUCGUCAGACCAGACCACUGUGGGAAAGCCUGUGAAGUAUAGGUGUCCUAAAUGUGCCAGGGUCAUGAAGGACAAACGACUUCUAGCAAAUCACUCUUGUGAGAAAGAAGGAAGUCCGGAGGAGGAGAAAGUGAAAAUUACAAUAGGCCUUGAUAAAGAGAAGAAAAGUUUUGUGUGCAAGGAGUGUGACUUCACAAACUCAGGCCAUGGGUUUGAGGAACACUUAAUGUGUCACCUGAUGAUUCGGCCCUACCAGUGUCUCUACUGCAAAGAAUGCUUCAUCAAUCGUAAAGAGAUCAGUCGACACGUCCUCAAGUUUCACAAUGGUGCUAAGAUGAGCUGUGCCUUAAGAGCGUUGCGCAGAGCCAAAAGUCUCAUAAAGGAGGUGAGUCUGGCAGGGACUCUCACAUUCUCAGCAAAAGUUGCAGGAAAAGUGCCCUUAGAGAAAGACCCAGAGAGGAAAAAGAAAACUUCUGAAGGUUCUACGGUGGUUAAUAAUGACAAUGCUCCGGCUCAACCAGUCAUUGCUGCUGUCACUUCAGAGAGUAAAGCACCGGAAAAAGGGUCAGCCAAAUCAACACCAGUCCCUGCUGAUGCAGCAAAAGGAGAGAAAAAAGUGGAUAAAACAGUUUCUGACAAAACUAUAACACAAGAGGAGACCAAAGAUGAGAGUCAGGAAGUGCCUGUGUGUGAUACUAAGGAAGAUGUAAAUAGCGCUCAAAAUUUCUCAAAACUUCGUGAAGUGUUAACGUCAAAUGAAACCGUAACAAAAGAAGAUGCAGGACCUACAAGUGAUGGAGAGACACAGCGUUGUGCAGAAGAAGAAGUGGAAGUUGAUAAAGAACAGACUAAUUCUUCUUCUGAUUCUGGUUUAAAAAUUAUAGCUUCAUAUUCUCUGCAAGACACUCAAAUUGAUGGCCAGCCACUUGAAUCCUCUGACGAAAAUAAUGCUGCAGAAAAUGUUGCUCCUAACUUCAUUAUGAUGCCUCCACCUGUCACUGAGAAAGAGACAGAGGUUUUGUCAUUCUUGGGGCCGGAGAAACCAAUGUACAAGAAUUCUGUUGCAGAGUCUUCUCCACCCUCCUCUUCUUCCUCCUCUUCCUCUUCCUCCACACCCAUGUUGCCCCCUCCCCCUCUCCAGGCAGCCCCGUCUCACUCUGCCCCCAACAAUAGUUCCGUCCUCCCUCCCCCACCUCAGUUAGUCGUUUCAGCUGCCCCAAGACCCCAGCAAAAGAAUCCAAAUUUCUUCAUCUGUGGCUUCAACUGUCUGUUCAGCAGCCUUAGCACAGCUGAAUUCCGAGAGCAUACAACAAAUUUCCAUUCGUCAGAGACAUUCUUCCCCUGCUACUACUGUGGCCACCGUAGUCCCAAUGAGAAUGACCUGGUCCGACACAUCUCCAAUCAUACUCACACCCACAACAAGUCAUCCCCUCUCUACGUUUGUGGAAAUGAAGGCUGCAGGUUUGGGACAAACAUGGUGCCAGACUACAUUAACCAUGUGAAGUCUUCUCACCCCCAUAUUACCGAACCGCUGUGCAAUGCUUGCGGGGACGUGUUCCCUGACGUGAGCAUGCUGCAAUCUCACGUAGAAGAGAACGUGAUCCACAUCGUCAACUGUCCACACUGCUCCUCCAAGGCCACUGACCGGCGUGCCAUCCUCAACCACAUCUCCACAGUCCACCCAGGAAAACCCAAGAUGGUGUCAGUGGCCAAACAGCUGAUCUGUCACGAUCGUAAGAUCAACAACUAUGAGGAGAUGAAACAGUUGCGGGAGAUGCUCCCCCCUACCCUGACCCCAGCCCCUGCCCUUGCCUCAUCAUCACCAGGUGGCUCAUCUGUGCUUGAUCACAUUCUUGGAAAACAGCACGAGGACUCGACCGAGCAGCGUGGGAAAUCUGUCGGCAACACAUUGGCGGAAGUUCUGGCCGCUGGCACCAGCCCUAGAGGUUCCCCUUCACCUUCAGCGAGAAUGCUUUCCCCUUCCUCACGAAGAAGGGAAGCAACUCCAGACAGUGGGAGGAGUCCUAAUUCUGAGUCCUCUGGAUUUGGGUCCCAUAGGGUGAAGGAAGAGGUUGAAGAGGAUGUGGAUGAGCUUGGAGAGUCUUCUGGAGUGGAUGAUUCUUCCAGUGGCUAUACCAUUGAUGAAAAUGGUAUAAGAAGACGGAUUUAUGUUCCCAUGAGUGAAAGACAAGCGGAAAACUACAGGUGUCGAUACUGCACAUUUAUCGCCAGAGAUUUGAAACGAAUGAACUGCCAUGAACGGUCCCAUGGAAUGCCCCCGACAAAGAAAGAACGUUUUAAGUGCAUGUUCUGCCCACAAGGUUUUGACAGCGAGAUGAAGUUCCGACUUCACAUUACAUGCCACCCUGGACUCAUCAAGUUCUUACUUUACCGCUGUAAAAAGUGUGAGUUUGACAGCAACCAAAAGCACACCAUCGUCAAGCACAUCACCUGCAAUCGUGACCGAAAACACAGGGGCUCUGGUCCCGUGGAGGAUCAAUACACUGUUGUGUCGCGCUCUCUAGAGUCUCGGGUUCUCCAGUGUGAGCAGUGUGACUACAUGACUCGCCACAAGAUACACAUGGCUAUUCAUUACCAGCGAGAGCAUGGAGUCCUCCGCGAUAAAGGAGAGUUCACAAUUGAAGGCCUCACACCAACCGAUACUCCCUUGAGUUCAUACGAUACACCACCAUCUCACAGUAGUUCUCGAUCUACGCCAAGUCCUAAAGGUAUUCAGCAGUCCCCAGACGCCUCCAGCUCUCAUGAUGCUUUUGAUUUUACGCGCCCUACAAGUGCGGCGAAGAGAUCACGGGACCGGAUGCAUGAGUCAUCUGCGCCAGCGGCUCUGACAGUUAAUCAGAUCACUGAGAGGAAUGAGAAUUUCACCCGCCUCGUCUCUCAGCAAACAGCACUACAACCUGGCCUGGUUUUAGAGAAUCAGGUGCGCAAAUUCAAGUGUCCAAUUUGUAAGUAUCUUCUUCCCAAGGCUGCGGAUCUGAAGAAUCAUGUGAAGAGACAUUCAGAGAUAGGACAAAUCACUUUGGUUAUGUUCCGUUGUAAGUACUGCAGUUGUAUGUCAACUGCCAGAGAACUGCUCUAUGAACAUUUGGGAGAGAAGCAUCCAGGAAAACCAAUAGCUCUGGUGAAAAAGAUUGUAGCUAUCGACACCACUGAAGUGGACAAAUCAUUUGCCGAGACAUCUGUUGAGGAGUCAUUUGAGCAGCUAGAGGAAAAUUUACAUAAAGAACUGGCAACAGCGUUGAAGAAUAAUUCUCCUAGUCCUGAUCAGGCAAAAACAGAAACUUCAGGGGAUUUCCUUUCUGCAUCUACAGCAUCAUCAUCCUCUUCUUCGACAGCUUAUGAGCAACUGUUUGUGAUUCCAGAAGGAGGAGAUGUUUUCUCUGUACCUCUCCAGUGCCCUAAAUGUUCCUAUAACACUCACAAGAAAGCGGACAUUAUAGAACAUGUCAAUUCCCUCCACUCUGAAGUCAAGGUCAUCAGCAAUGACGAGGAUGUUGAAAAGCUGGCUAAAGCCACUACUGAGGACAUCCUGAAUGCUGCUGGUAAAGGUUCCACUGAAAAAGCUGUGAGCAAACCGGGUUUUCUAAGCCAAGAAGAAGUCUUGAUUGUCCCAGACGAUCAAAUCUUCAAAGAGCCAGCACUAUGCUCCAGAUGUGACUUUGCUACUCUGCUCCGGCGAGAUAUGGUCAUGCAUCUCCAACAGUUUCAUCCAGAGAUAUCUGUCAUGGGCCGUAACUCAUAUCCUGUCCAGGUUUCAGCCAUGGGCAGUAAAGUGGGCCCAAUGGAGGAGAGUUGUGUAGUAGGCAGUGGCAGUUUGGAUGCUAAGAUCCGUUGUCUGUACGAGAAUUAUGGCACACAAAUGAAAUGUCUGAUUUGUGGAACAGAGCGUCCAAAGAAGUUUUUCAUUCAUGUCCACAUUCUGCGCCAUCUUAAUAUUUAUCUGUGGAAAUGUGCUUUCUGUGCCCACCGCGGCCUGCAGAAGUACAAGAUGGUGGAUCACAUCAAGAAGAUCCACCCCGGGAAACCAAUGAGCGUCCGCUAUCUUCGGGUAAACGUGGAAGCCAAGGUGGCUCAGUUUCUGGCACAGUUCAACAUCAUACAGAACCGCAAAGCCAGCCUUGACGAAGGGCUUGAGGUGCCGUUCUCAGCCAACGACACCUCUCAUGACCACGAUGACAACAAGGGCACGUGUCAACAAAGUUGUUCAGGGGGUCACCAUCAGUCUCCGGGACACAGCGGACCCAGCAGUGCCAGCAGCAACUACAACCACACGCUGGGCAGCGAGGAGCUGGACAGCAAGAUCGGUUGCCUUUACGACUUCAGCGAUGGAGUAUUCUACAAGUGCCUCGUCUGUCCGAACCAGUUUCAGCGGAAGUUUGCUGUCCAUCGACACAUCAUUAUCUCUCACCUCAAGGUGGCGCUGCUGACUUGUUCCUACUGCGGCAUGGAAGGCGUGGAGAAACAUCAGAUGGUGGACCACAUCCUGGCCUGCCACAAAGGUCAGCCGGUCAACAUCAAGACCAACGAGGUGGACCUGGCUCAGAACGUCUCCAAGUUCCUGGCCAAAGUAGCCGCAGGCGAAGAUAAUGCUGAUGUAAAUAACACUGGGGACGGGCUUGGAUCAUCAAAGUCAUCAGACUCUUCAAAAGAUUACUACAACCGCAUGUACCGACCUUUUGCGUUUAGCAAAAAACCUAGAUCUUUUGGCCUCUCAGGUUCCAGCAGCACCAAAUUGAAAUCCCCAACAUUCCGAUUUGGCAACUAUAAAUCAUCAACCCCUUCAACAACCAAGACAACUACACCAGGGAAAAAGAACAAUUUAGUCGACCCGGAUGUGAUCAUGCUCGGGCGCGACGCGUUGGAUCGUGAGCUGAGCUGUUUGUACCAGACGCGUAACACAGGUCAGUUGCGCUGUCUGGUGUGUCGCUGGGAGUUCCCGCGGAAGUACCCGCUGCACCGACACAUCAUGCUGAAGCACCUCAAGAUGAACCUGGUUGGCUGUCCCUACUGCCCGUUUGAGGGUGUGGAGAAGUACAAUGUGUCGACGCACAUCAAAGAAGAACACAAGGACAAGCCCAUCAACAUAAAGUUUACCCAGCCUGAUGUAGGGGGCAGGGUGAGGGAGUUCGUCGACGAUAUGGCCAACGUGGGGGGGCUGAGUCAGAAUCUCAUACAGAAGCCGGAGUCAUCAAACUCAGGUUCACGAUCGAGUUCUCCUGUGGUCUCCUUGAAAAGAGAGAGAGAUGGUGAUGAUGAUGAGAACACGAAUGGGACAAAUGAUUCUGAGACCCGUGGGGGACCUGCCCCUCCGUCUCUUGUAGUAGCGAUGUUUGGGAAGAAGAAGAAUAAGGUUCCGCCAAGUCCUCUCACUACCAGCGAAGAUUUUGUUGUGAAGACGGAAAUCGAAGACGAAGAGUUUGAAGAAGGCGCUGCCCUUGAUACUCAUGAUGAUAAUGAUGUCUUACACUCCGCGAGUAAACACAAACAUGGUUCAGGAGAAGACGGUGAAGAAGAAAAUGAUGACUACAACGAGGAAGAUGAUCCCGGUGCAGAUAGGUCCAACUAUGAUCCUGAGGAAGACGAAGAAGAGGAACCAGACAGCUCUCAGUUCUCAACUUUGAGACGACCCCUGGUUCAGUCCUACGCCCCUGGUUCCUAUCGCUCACCAGCAGGUGGGAAGCCAAAGGCCCUGGAUGUCAUCACCAAAAUCAAAGUCCUGAAGUCAAAGGAUGGGCCUAUCACGAAAUUCUACUGCGAGAAGUGUAAGUUUACGUCGCUCCAUCGGUCAAAUGUUGUCCGGCAUAUCUACAAGAUUCACGAGAAGUAUCAGACGCACACCUGCCCCAUCUGCAACUAUCAGACUCUGAGCCUAAUGCUCAUGAGGAAGCACACAGACCGUGAGCACCCGGGCCAGGAGUACAAAGAAGAUGCCUUCACCUUGAACCCUCCGAGAACCAAACCCAGGACACUCAUGGGUCCUCUAAGCUUUCAGAAGCGACGGCAAAACCUUCUGCAUAAGAAAUUGUCCACCGUCACACCUCCACGAACCACACCGCAGGGGCCGAAGCAGUAUGCCUGCGCUUACUGCCACUAUGAGACAGACACGCAGGAUGAUAUUCUGAAGCACACUAAAGAAAACCAUUCCCAAGGAGACGAUAGCUAUUCUACCGCACGGGCAUCGAGCUCUCAACAAAACGAGUCAGAUGAAGAUGAUCAAACAUCGGCAUGCUGGGACGGCAGUAAAAAAGCCGUCAAGCGAAAACUCCAGGACGGAUCCGACACCACCUUCAAGCGCAAGCGUCGGUUUGUCUUUGAGAAAGGUGACGAGCUCAUCCAGUGUGGUCACUGCGACGCGCGCGAGACGUCCAUGGGCCGCAUGCAAGACCACAUGGAUUGGGACCACCAGGGUCUGCCUUUCAACUGUAAGCGCAUCCCAGCCUGGCGGUUUGUCUGUAAGUCGUGUGCCGUCAAGACCAUGGCGACCUCCAAAAUGAAGUACCACCUGAACCGACACGUCAACUACCGGCCCUACACUUGCACCAACUGCGGGGCCUUCUUUCCUUCCCCAGACCAGUGUCGCCGACAUUCACGGUCACAAGGUCACGAAGAGCAAUAUAUGUACGUCCGCAACCCGAAGAAAGAGAUCCGAGUGGAAGAACUCUUGGAAGAAACCAGGCAGCUGGCUAUCAAAGUACAGGAAGAAGCCAUCAAAGAUCCCGAGUUCGAUAUCGCCUUCACGGACAAGUUCAUCUCUCAAUUCCAAGAGAACCGUGGUAACCUCAAACGCAGCGCCCCCACUGGCAGUAACAGCCGGUCGGCAAAGAAAGCAAGGGCUGCAGCAGAUGGGGAUGACUCUGGAGACUGGGUUGAAAGAAAACAGACGGGCAAGUCGGCCCAGACAGUUGGAGUGGAGAUGUGUGUCACCAUCAAGUGCUACAACUGUGAGUUCUCGGCGGGCACGGUGAGCGAAGUCUACAAUCACCACAAGGAAGUGCACCACGAUGAGAGGUUUCUGUGGACCGAGCUGGAGCGAGGGUUCACCUGCGACAAGACGGGCGAGGCCCUGCCGGACUGCGACAGCAGCGUGCCCAAUGCCUCAACGGAUGUCGGAUACACAACCAGGAUGACCCUGGGGGCGGGAAACAACACCAUGAGGUUCAAGUGCAAGACGUGUGAUUUCUCCUCCUGUGUGAUCCAAGCAAUGAAGUCACACUUGAAGUCACAUCAGCCCAAGGGAUUUAUCUGCCCCUACUGCAGUCGCUCUUUCUCUGGAAAAGAGAAGCUGAUGCGUCAUCAGUACUGCCUCCACAAAGGGAUGGCUCUGUGGGUGAUCCACCUGCGGAUGUCGGGGACGGUGGGCUCCAUUCUUACCAGCAAGAAGGGUGGCGGGCCUUCUUUGUCUAGCAGUGUGUCGCGACCCGAGAGCUCGCCGAAGUCUGAGACGGCCGGGCCCUCAGUGAGCCCCAAGCCGACAGACGAGGAUACUGCCAGCUCUGGAAAACUGACGAGACGGAGUAGCCAGUCGGCCCUGAACUAUCUGUGCUCUGAGUGCGACUACGAGACGGAGAGUCUGUACCACUUCCGCCUGCACCUGUCCCAGCAGCACCAAGGGUUCAAGUACCGUAUCCGAGACUCGAGCUUGUCCUCCCCGCUCAAGUGCGGUUACUGCCCGUUCCUGGCAGAGACAGAGACGGAGUUCAGCGGGCACAUUGAAUCACAUUUCGGGGAGCGUCGUUUUAAGUGCAGUCACUGCGAAUACAGUGCGUUUGACCGAUCUAGCGUCCAGCGACAUGUCAGUUCGGUGCAUGCCGACACGGACGCCAAGGUCGUCGAUCGCAAUGAGGUGUCUCGGAUGGCGCACGAAUACAUCAAAGGUCAGGAGAGGGAUCGGACUGACCUCCCGCUGGUUUUGAACCUUGAACCCGAGGUGAGGGUCCAAAGGAUUCCUGAUUCAGUGUUGCUGCAAUUGAAUCGUGCACCUCCUGUGGGGAGUGAUUCGGAGGAAGACAUUUCUGGAGGAGAGGAAGAAAUUAGGGACGGAGAGACAAAGUUUAUGGAAGGAGGGGAAGAUGGAAAUGAGGAAGAACCAAGUGGCACAGGUAGUGCUGAUGCGGCCCUAGAGGAUAACUCGUAUGGAGAAGAAGAGAAGUUGGUGAUGGAAGGUGUUUCUGAUGAUAUGGAAGUUCUUGAUAACGAAGAGGUGGAGAAAGAAGUGGAAGAGCAUGAUGAAAGUGAAGCUCAUGAUGAUGAAGGUGGAGAAGAGGAGGAAGAGGUGGAUAAUAAUAGUGAUGAAGCAGAGGAAGAAGAAGUAGAAGAAGAAGAAGAAGAGGAGGAGGAGGACGAUCCAUCAGAGUCGGAUAAAUUUACACAUGAACUGGGUUUGACCGCUGUUCAACAACAGCAGUCAUCUCUGCUCGAUUCAGAUCCCGAUAUGAUGAUCAUGCAGUUUGGAGGUGUAGCUGGUGGUGCGUACCCAUCAUGUGGCAUGGUAGGUGCACCCCAAAGUGGUGGAGGCAUUCCCUCCCCCUUGCCUCAUCGGAGCAAAGAUUCCCUCCUCUCAGCUCAAGAGGAGGAUGAGGAUGUCGCAAGCAGCGAAAAUGUGGCAAAUGUUGAAGAAGGAGAUGAUGAUGAAGAGGAUGAUGACGAUGAUGAUGCUUUCGGCCAUGAUGUGACCCUGGCAUCUCCUCUGCCGAUGAUUUCCCUCGGAGAUGGCGUCACAAUGUCUCCUGUUGCUGCGGACAAUAGUGGAGAGGAUGGGGGCAGUGCCGCGGGAUUAGGUCUUGGUGAUGAUACCCUAAACCUUGGAAGCGGUGACAAUGAAGAAAUGUUGCUGGAUGUUUAAAAAUUUAAGGAUUGCACAUUUGGAAGACUUUGGACCGAGUUAAAUUUUCAGUGUUGGAAUCUGUGAUUCCUAGAGAGUAAUUGAAGACAGAAGCAUUGAGUUUUGAUUUCUUGGAUAUUGAAGCAGUAAAAAGAACUGUUUCUUCAGGAAUUAAUUGCAGAAGAGAAAGAAAUAGUUUUCAUGAUGGGUAAUUUAAACAACAUCUGCGAAAAGAUGGAAGCAGUGUAUCUGGAUUUUUUGACAACGUGUGUUGAAUCUUGAAGGUGGAGGUGGUGGCAGUGAAGAGCAACCAGAUGUGGUGAGAAGUGAUCUUUUGGUCAUGAUCUUGACCAAUACUUGUUCAAUAGUGCGUCAUCUUCAGCAGUUCUUUCACUCUGAUAUUGUGCAGUUGAAUAGCCUUUUGGAGAAAUGCUGCAGGAUGUGGAUUACAAAACGGCAUACACAUUUUAAUUCAAACAUGUUCAUUCUCUAAAUUCGCUUUGUGAUUCUCUUGGAUUAGGGUCUCGACCCAUAUUUUGUGGCAUCGGAAGUUUUCUGUGAUGAGAUAUUGUGGUAUAUCAGCAAUAUCAUAUGUCCUUGAAAUGAGUUUUUUGUAUAUCAUGUGGUUUGGAUUGCGACAUAAGAUUCUGCUUUGAUUCACACCAUGGUCAAGGUUUUAUAUUUGCCAUUUUCUUUUGGCCAGCUGCCCAAUUUAGUGAAUGUGUCCGCAUAUCACCCAGUGGAUUGGAUAGCUAAUUUAUCGGUCAGCUUCUAUAUAUAUGUUUGGAGGUUCAGCUUUCAGGAGGAAUUACCUGAAAUUCUGUUGGAUUUUCUGCUGGAGUAUUGUUUCCCUUAUUUAUAACUUGUUUAUUGCCCACUUUGUGUGUAGUGAGUCGCAUGAGGGCUCUGGUGGAGUCUGUUCUUGCUACUACUCCUACUUCAGCGUCACUGCAAUCCAAAUCAGGUGUUUUUGAAGAAGUGAGGGAGAAGGGAAAAAGUGGCUGCAAGUUUACUACUAUGAUAGGAAGCAAACUACAACUCUUGAAAAAUAACCCAGUGAGCUUAUUUAACAGUAAAGAGCAAUUUCAAUACUUCGCUUUUUUCUGCAGAAUAAUAACAUUAACUAUAAAGCAGUGGAGUCCACUUACAGGAAUAUGGUAAAUCCGGAAACAGCUGUAUACCAUAAUAAUAUGAAAGUAAAAUCUCAGAUUGUUUUUUCUUCUAAUUUAAGCAAUGAAAACUCCUCUAAACUGAAGAAAAUUCAGUGUCCCCUGUAGGUUUAGGUUUUUAGCAGAUUCCACUAUAUACACACAUGAGAAUGAAGCACUCAACUCAGGCUUCAAGUGCUUUACAAAAAUACAAGUAACAACACAUAUCACUAUAAACUACAUUGUGGUUUGACUCAAAAUCUUGAUAAAAAUCUCUCUUUAAUAAAAAAAAAAAAAAAAAAAUAAUAAUAAUUAAGUGAGCAGACUUUUGAAUGCGUUCAAAGAUUCGAUUUAUCAUAAAUGACUAGGCAAAGCAUUCCAGUGGGUUAGUGGAAAUCUCAUCCAAACAAAAUGGCAUUCUAUUCUAACAACACAAGGUAUUCGAAAGAACAGAUUCUUGGUUGCUGAUGGAUGGGUUACAGUUAUUUAUACAGUACUAUUCUCACUCAUUUGAAGAAAAGGACACAUCGGACCUCCUCAGUACCAUGUACCAUACCAGCCUCUGGGGUGAAGGAGUCACACUCUUUGCUGUUGCAUUAUGAUAAAUGAGUUUGGCUCCUAAGUAAGGAGGGGUUUUUUAUUGAACGUCUCAGUCUGUCUGCUGAGAUGAACGUCUCAGUCUGUCUGCUGAGAUGAACGUCUCAGUCUGUCUGCUGAGAUGAAUGUCUCAGUCUGUCUGCUGAGAUAAACGCCUCAGUCUGUCUACUGAGAUGAACGCCUCAGUCUGUCUGCUGAGAUGAACGUCUCAGUCUGUCUGCUGAGAUGUUGUACAAAUAUGUUGUGUAGGCCUAUCCCUCUUAUCCUGGGUUUGCCUUGAAGGCAAGGUCAAAGCAGCUUGCCCCUUUCUUAUGAAUGAUAAAUUGUGUUGAUGGGGAUAUAAAAGAUGUACAAUAAGUUACCUCAUCAGUGUGUUUUGAGGAGAGACGUUAUUAUAUAUUAUGUUCAUUCUUUCUUUACUGCCAGAACGUUUACGACUCCCUGCCAAGAGAAGGUUUGGGCUGUAUAAAUUUGUUUAUGUUGCAAGAACCAAUAUUAGUAUGUCCACUGUAUAUAAAUUAUAUUGAAGUAUUCUUUUGAUUGUUACCUCUGCAAGUUUUUACAGUAUUGAGCUCUUAUUUAAAUGUUAUAGGACGUUUUUUUAAGUUAAUAAAUUUUCCAGAAUUAUUGUU